AUAAAUACCAUACCCUUUUCCAGAACACCAACGGAAAACAAACACUUUCCAUUGGCCUUAGCUUUUUCCCUGGAUGAAGUCAAUAGGAACCCUGAUCUUUUGCCAAAUAUGUCAUUCGUAUUUGAAUUCCCUGAAGGUGGUUGUAAGACUGUGCCAAAAUUAUACAGUCGCAUGCCUUUUUCUGAAAAAAAUCAAGAUUAUUACCUUAAUUAUAAUUGUAAUGAAGAGACUACUUGUUUAGUGGUGCUGAGUGGACCUGACUGGGCAACAUCUGCAAUGGUUGGGACAAGCCAGGACCCCUACAGAUCUCAACAGAUCCUCCAGCUUACCUAUGGACCUUUCCAUCCUAUCCUGAGUGAUCACGAGAAAUUUCCCUAUCUGUAUCAGAUGGCCCGCAAAGACACAGCUCUACCCCUGGCCAUGGUUUCUUUGAUGCUUCACUUCAGUUGGAACUGGAUAGGACUGGCCAUCUUAGAUAAUGACCAGGGUACCCAAUUUCUAUCACAUUUGAGAAGAGAGAUGGAAAAAAAUACAGUCUGCUUUGCCUUUGUGAGUAUGAUCCCAGUCAACAUGCACGUAUACAUGUCAAGAGCAGAAGUGUAUUAUAACCAAAUCAUGACAUCAUCCACAAAUAUAGUUAUCAUUUAUGGUGACACAGACAGUACUCUAGCUGUGAGCUUUAGAAUGUGGGAAUCUCUAGGUAUAAAGAGAAUAUGGGUGACCACUUCACAGUGGGAUGUCACUACAAGUAAGAGAGACUUCGCCAUUGACUCAUCGCAUGGGACACUAUCUUUUAUACACCACCAUUCUGAGAUUUUUGGUUUUAAAAAAUUUGUCCAGACACUGAACCCUCUCAAAUACUCAGAUGAAUACCUCACAAGGCUGGGGUGGAUGAACUUUAACUGUGAGGUCUCAGAUUCUAAGUGUGAGACACUGAAGAAUUGUUCAUCCAAUGCUUCAUUGCAAUGGCUAAUGAGACAGCCUUUCGACAUGGCUUUUAGUGAUGACGGUUAUGAUAUAUAUAAUGCUGUGUACACUGUGGCCCAUGCUGUCCAUGAGAUGCUUCUUCAACAAGUAGAUGAUGGGAAAGGACACUAUGGUAACUGCUUGAAGCUGCACUCCUUUCUGAGGAAGACUCAUUUCACUAAUCCUGUUGGAGAAAAAGUGAAUAUGAACCAGAGGGAAAACCUGCAGGGAGAGUAUGACAUUUUUCAGAUUUGGAAUUUCCCAAAUGGAUUUGGAUUUAAGGUGAAGAUAGGAGAGUAUAGUCCAUAUUUCCCACUUGGUGAACAGCUCCAUAUAUAUGAAGAUGUGAUAGAGUGGUCCACUGGAAAUAGACAGAUGCCACCCUCUGUGUGCAGUGCUGAUUGUGGUCCUGGAUUCAGAAAAUUCCUGCAGGAGGGAAUUGCAGCCUGCUGUUUUGAUUGCAUCCCCUGCCCAGAAAAUGAAGUUUCUAAUGAGACAAAUGUGGAUAAAUGUGUGCGGUGUCCAGAGGACCAGUAUAGCAACAGAGAGCAGGACCAGUGCAUUCCCAAAACAGUGAUCUUUCUGAACUACGAAGAUCCCUUGGGGAUGGCUCUUGCCUUAAUGGCAUUGUGGUUCUUUGUAUUCACAGUUCUGAUUUUUGGGAUCUUUGUCAAGCACCAUGACACUCCCCUUGUGAAGGCCAAUAACCGGAAUCUUAGUUACAUAUUGCUCAUCUCACUCAUGUUUUGUUUCUUGUGCGCCUUGCUCUUCAUUGGCCAACCCAACUCAGCUACCUGUGUCCUGCAGCAAAUCACAUUUGGAUUUGUAUUCACUGUGGCUGUUUCCACUGUGUUGGCCAAAACAGUGACUGUCCUGCUGGCCUUCAUAUUCACAGCCCCUGGAAGAAUGAGAUACUUUCUGGUCUCAGGGGCACCCAACUACAUCAUAGUCAUUUGUACCCUUAUCCAAAUUAUUCUCUGUGCUAUUUGGCUGCAAGUUUCUCCUCCCUCUAUUGACAUUGAUGCAUACUCUGUGCAUGGCCAAGUUAUCAUUGUGUGCAACAAGGGCUCAGUUACUGCAUUCUACUUUGUCUUGGGAUACCAUGGCUCCCUUGCCUUUGGGAGCUUCAUUGUGGCUUUCUUGGCCAGGAAUCUCCCUGACAAAUUCAAUGAAGCCAAGUUGCUGACCUUCAGCAUGCUGUUGUUCUGCAGUGUCUGGGUCACCUUUCUUCCUGUCUUCCAUAGCACCAAGGGCAAGGUCAUGGUUGUUGUGGAGGUUUUUUCCAUCUUGGUCUCCAGUGCAGGCCUGCUGGGGUGUAUCUUUAUUCCCAAGUGCUACAUAAUUUUGUUUAAACCAGAGAGAAAUUCUCUUGAAAAGAUAAGGGAGAAAACAUCUUCUUGA